UCCUGACCUUCUGUCUCCUCUUUACACUCAGCUCUCAGUGAGUCAGAGCUAUCAGUCUGUACCAGGCCUGUACGUGUCUUUCUUGGAGGGAAAAUGACAAAGUAACAAUUUCUGGUUCUUAAUGCAGCAGUUGGUCUUCAGUUGAAUUAGUGAUGUUUAUAGCAGAGCACACUAUGGCGACUGCAGCAUCAGAUGAUCUGUAUCCUCUGAAGCGCUCAAGUAGCUAUGAGUGGCUGCCACCUAACAUGUCAGAGCUGAGGGUUGUUCUGCUGGGGAACAGCUGGUCUGAGAGGAGUUCAGUGGGGAACUUGAUACUGGGAGAGACUGUGUUCAACACUGAGGAAGAACCAGACCGCUGUCUGAGAGUCAGAGGACAGUUGGAGGAGAAAAGAAUAGUUCUGAUCAACACUCCAGAUCUGCUGCACCCCAACAUCUCUGAAGAUAACCUGACAGAACAUGUAGAAAACUGUGUGAGACUCUCUGAUCCUGGCCCUCAUGUGUUCCUGCUGGUUCUACAGUGUGAAGACUUCACUAAGAAACACAAACAGAGGCUACAAUCAAUCCUUGACAAGUUCAGUGAUCAGUCAUUUGAUCAUUCAUUGGUUCUGAUAUCAACCCCCAGAGUGGAAAGAUCAGGUUUAAUGGAAACAUACAUAUGCCCUCCAUUAAAAGACAUGAUCAUCAAAUGUAGAUACAGAUACUUGAAGCUGAAGGGCCUUGAACUUCCAGAGCUGUUAACACGCUUGGGUCAAACUGUAAAGGAGAACUAUGGAGAGCAUGUGAGCUGUGAUGUAUUUAAGGACACAGCAUCUACUUUACCAGGUGAUCAUCAAAGUCUCAAACAAAAGGAAAAACAGACUUCUUUAACAGAUGCUGUUAAAGCUGCUGGGCUGCAUGUGGUUAACAAAAUCCAUGAACAAUUCUCAGAGAAACCCCCUGUGACUCACACAUUGGCAUACAGGAUUGUGCUUCUGGGAAAAAGUGAGGACAAACAGAAAAAGCUUUGUAACUUCAUCUUUAGGGACAAAGGUCCUUACCAAAGAACUUCCCCACCCAGUAAAUCUGUGGCCUCCUUUGGAGAGUGGAGAGGAAAACCAUUAAUAGUAGUAAAAACUCCAGAUGUAUUCAGUCUGUCUGUGGAGAAUGUGAGAAGAGAACUAAAGAGCUGUGUGACUCUUUGUUCUCCUGGACCAAAUGUCCUGCUGCUGUUAGUAAAGCUUUCUGAGUUCACUGAGGAGAACAGACAAACACUGAAGUUCAUCCUAAGUUUGUUUGGUCAAGAUGCCUUUAAGUACUCAAUGGUCAUCGUGACACAUGAGGGGAAUGAAAUGAGUGUCUGUGUUAAUGAACUCCUUAAAGACUGUGGAGGAAGACACUACAGCAUGAAGUCUACACCACAGUCUGAAGUUGACCAAACAUUAAUGGAGAAGAUUGAGAACAUCGUGCAUGAAAACAAAGGAACCUUCCUCACCUUCACUGAAGAGACCAUCAGACCAACAUCUGGACACAUCAGACCAGCUUUAAACCUGGUUCUGUGUGGGAGGAGAGGAGCAGAGAAGACUUCAGCAGCCAAGGCUAUUUUAGGUCAGACAGAGCUUCAUUCAGUCUCCAACUCAUCAGAGUGUGUUAAACAUCAGGGAGAGGUGUGUGGACGUCGGGUUUCCCUGGUGGAGCUGCCUGCCUUGUAUGGAGAAGGUCAGGAGGCAGUGAUGGAGGAAUCAUUGAGGUGUAUCUCCCUCUGUGAUCCUGAGGGUGUCCAUGCCUUCAUCCUGGUCCUACCUGUGGGUCCCCUCACUGAUGAAGACAAGGGAGAGUUACAGACCAUCCACAACACUUUCAGCUCUCGAGUCAAUUACUUCACUAUGAUUCUGUUCACUGUGGAGUCAGAUCCUACAGCUCCAGCUGUUGUUAAGUUUCUUAAGGAAAACAAGGACAUCCAGGAGCUCCGUCAGAGCUGUGGAGGAAGAUAUGUUGUUCUCAACAUCAAGGACCAGCAGCAGAUCCCAGAGCUGUUGGAUGCCGUGGAAGAGACGAGAGUUGAAGGAUCCAGAUGUUUCACAAUGAAGAUGUUUACCAAGGCUCAGGUAGAGAAGUUUGAAGAGCAGGAGAACACUAAUACAAGACUUAAAGCUGAACUAAGGGAUUUAAAAUAUAAAAGUAAUAUGGGAACUGAUGACACCAUUCAGAGCAGAGAGUGUCUCAGAAUAGUGCUGAUUGGAAAAACUGGCAGUGGGAAGAGUGCAACAGGAAACACCAUUCUGGGCGAAGAAUAUUUUACGUCUACUACCAGCUCAAAGUCUGUGACCAAGUUUUGCAAGAAAGCAACAGGAGAGAUUGAUGGGCGAUCUGUUGCUGUGGUCGACACCCCCGGCUUGUUCGACACAACGCUGUCCAAUGAUGACGUUCAACACGAACUUGUGAAAUGCAUCAGCAUGUUGUCUCCUGGACCUCAUGUGUUCUUACUGGUGCUGCAGAUCGGUCGCUUCACACAAGAGGAAAAAGACUCUGUGGAACUGAUCAAGAAAUAUUUUGGCAAGAGUUCAGGAGAUUUCAUCAUCAUUAUAUUCACCAGAGGAGAUGAUCUGAAAAACAAAACAAUUGAGAGUUACAUAGAAGACUGUGAUGACUUUUUGAAAAAACUGAUACAUGACUGUGGAGGAAGAUACCAGGUCUUCAAUAACAACAAUCAAACAGAUCGGAAUCAAGUCAGAGAGCUGCUGAAGAAGUCCAACAAAAUGCUGAAGGAAAAUGGCGGCAACUGCUACACCUCAGAAAUGUUCCAAGAGGCCGAGGCAGCAAUACAGAAGGAAGUGGACAGGAUCCUGAAAGAGAAAGAAGAAGAAAUGCAGAGAGAGAGGGUGGAGCUCCAGAGAAAACAUGAGGAGGAAAUGGACGAAGUGAAGAGAAGGAUGAAACAACAGAAAGCAGAAAUUGAACGAGAGAGAGCCAAACAACUUAAAGAAAUGGAGGAAAACAUCCGCAAGGAGCGUGAGGGGAGAAAGAAAGAACAGGAAAUGAGAGAAGAAGAGGACAGGAAGAGGAAAAAGCAGGAGCAUAUACAACGACAGGACUGGGAGCAAAAACUUGACAGAGAGUUGGAGCAGAGUAAAGAAGAGAUGAGAAAGCAAAAAGAGGACUGGGAGAAGGAAAGAAAAGAAUGGUGGGACAAACAGUAUCGAGAAAAUGAAAAGAGACGACAUGAGGAGCAAACAAGACUUAAAAAGCUCCAAGAAGAAUACGAACAGGAAAGAGAAAAACAUGAAAAGAAAAGAAAAGAAGAAGAUCGGAACAGAAGAGAACAGGAGGAGAAGGAGAGGAAAGAAUUAGAGGAAAACUAUGAGAAAAAACUGGAGGAAAUGAAGAAGAAAUACGAAGAGGAGGCCAGAAAACAAGCUGAAGAGUUCAAUGAGUUCAGAAAGAAAUACACCAAGGACUUUACAGCGUUGGUGGAGAAGCACAUGGAGGAAGUACAGGAAAUGAAGCUAAGGCAUGUGAGACAGAUGCAGGAGAAAGAAGAGAGCCAUGGCAAAGAGUACGCUCUGUUACAAAACCUCUCGAGUCACAAAGAAAAAGCACUGAAAGAAGAAACGGAGGACUUGAAGAAAAAGCAUGAACAACAAAUAAAUGAACUAGAACAGCAAUACAAAGAUAAAUGUAUCAUCCUCUGAACUUUCCACUGACUUUUGGAUUUGAGCAUCACUGGGCUGUAUAAUGCUCAACAGUGUCCAAUUAGGCCACAAAGAACAAACAACACCAAUUCUAAUAUUUGGACUUUUCUAUAUAUUUUUAUUAGAGCUAGAGUGUGGGACUUUUACAAUAAAAAAUGAACGUCUGUCACAUUCCAGCCCUUGCCAAAAAAGUUCAGACAAUGGCCUCUCACCACCAGUGUAAGCUCUCUGUAUUUCUCAGUAUACCAGAGUGGUGUCUGCGGUGACAUGCCCACUCUGGUGCACCUAAAGGAUGCAUUUUACGUCAGCCAGACAGAGCUAAAGGGGGCAGGAAGGGGGGGAGAGAUAUCUGAAUGUACCAACAAAAAAGCUGUUAAAAUAUAUUACCUGUGUAAGCUUAACAAGACAUAACUUGACAUUAACUAGACUUAAGUCUAGCAUCCGACUUAAGUCGUAGGGUGUUCUAAAAUUGUCUCAAAGUUUGUAAAAAAAGAAGAAGGAAGAGGCAGGAGCCCAGCCGAGAAACCAUAGGGUUGGAGCAGCAGCUAGAAUGUCGUAGUUUUUGUGUGUUUGUAUAAUUACUCUCACUGCCAGAUGGGGGAGACAAGAGUUCUACUACAAUCACAUUGUUUUGUUCCCAUACAUUUCAUGGUGUCCGGAAAGCCACAAACGUCUUGUUUGCGUCUCGUCCUGUUUACAAAGGUGUCUGACCAAUACUGCGGCUAACUAACUUAAAGUCAAAGUAAAAUAACCACAUUAGUUUACA